UCUGUUGCUUUUUUUUUUAUAUAUCCCAAACAGCCGAAAAAGGAAUGAAAUGAGGGAGAAAGAGAGAGAGAGAAGGGGGAAGCUCUGAAUCCUGAUUAAUUUACUCUUCGAUGACUCUGUGAUUCGUCUCUCCUACCCUCCACCAGCAGCUUCCUGCGAGAGACUUUUGGAUACAUCUUCUUAAAGUUCGAAUUUUGAAGGUCCUCGGUCUUGUUCCAAGGGCGGCUUUCUGGAUUUUUGAAGGGUUAUUGGUUUUGAGCUCGAAGUGGUAGGCUUGCUUUUCCGGUGGUUCUUGAUUGCCGAGUACCAGAUCUAAUUACCAUAUUGGAUUUCUAGGGUUCUACGUUCUGUUUGCUUGUUUUCUUCAAACUCUGCAAUUUAUUUGCUUCCGGUUAUCGAGAUUAUUGUAAGCUGGUGGACAAACUUUCUCCUUUCAACAUUUUGGAGUUGGUUAUUCUCUGGAUUCCUUGUGGAAGACUUAUUACUCUCUCUGCAUUGCUCUUCUUUGAUCCACUCCCCUUGCAUCUGAGACCAAGCUCUACUAUGUUUUUGAAUUGGACCUAAAAAACUGGUGGAGUUUUUUGGCGAUAGAGAUUUCGCUAAUGGAAGUUCUUAGUCCUGCUUAUUUCUCCAAUUAUUCCAAUUGGCUUAUUGGGGAGAAGAAGAAUGGGAAUUGGACUCAGCAGGAGAACAAGCUAUUUGAGAACGCACUCGCCCACUUUGACAGAGAUACGCCUGAUCGAUGGAUGAGGGUGGCUGGUAUGAUUCCUGGGAAGACAGUAGAGGAUGUAAUGUCCCAUUACCAGGAUUUGGAGGAAGAUGUGAGUUGUAUAGAAGCUGGUCUUGUUCCUUUCCCUGGUUACAGCUCUUCAUCGUUCACUUUGGAUUGGGAGAGUGGCAAUGACUUUGAUGACAUGAAACAGGCUUAUUCUAUCGGUGUGAAGAGAUCAGGCAGCCGGCUUACAGAUCAUGAGAGGAAAAAGGGAGUACCCUGGACUGAAGAAGAACACAAGAGAUUUCUAUUGGGUCUUAAAAAAUAUGGCAAAGGAGACUGGAGAAACAUAUCUCGUAAUUUUGUUGUCACUAGGACUCCUACCCAAGUGGCCAGCCAUGCACAAAAAUAUUUCAUCAGGCUCAAUUCUGGUUCCAAAGAUAAGAGAAGAGCUAGCAUACAUGACAUCACAAUGGUUAAUGUGGAAGAUAGUAGACCUCCCUCCCCAUCUCAGCCAUCCGUUGUUACCAUGCAAUCAUGUUCGGCAACUGCUCCAGGCAACACCGAAAAAUUCUCGGUGGUAGUUGAUUCAAAGCAGCCUAAUGAGGUAGCUAAUGCUUUCAGUGCAUCACCUGAUGAUGCUCACUUAGUUCAGUCAUCUUAUGGGAUCCAACCAUAUGGAAUGAAACUGCAAGCUCGGAAUUCGAAUAAUGGCAAUCUUAACGGUUCUAUUGUUGGACACCACGGUGUACUAUUUUAGAUGUGAUGCUAUCACUCUAUCAGUUGAGGGAGUAAGUAAUAUAGAACUUGCUUCGGACCUCCUUUGUGUUGGAUCACAUUUGGUCAUUCAAUAAGGUUCUUAUCAUAACCAUCUGAAUAUCAAACAAAGCUUAAAAUCUGAGAAAAUUUUGAGGAGAAA